AAAAGAAGAGGUUUGGAAACAAAGCACAAAUUCUUAUCCAGACCACAAAUUUAUGAACAAGAAUCCAAUUCACUCGGUUUCUUUAUGUCCUAUCCCCUAUUUUCAUCUUCUUCUUUUUUCUUUCUUUUUUUAAUAAUCUCCCGUCCUUGUUUGCUACCUCAAUCCAAUAAAAAUUCAGAAAAAGAAAAGAAAAAUCAGUACCGUUGAUUCGGUCGGGUCUAUAAAUCGCAGCAAGGAGCUUAGGGUUAGCGUCAAAGCUCAGCCCUUUACCUCACGCCGUUUAUUCAAAACCAACCCAUGUUUGUUAUUAUGUAAACAGCAUUAGAAAAAGAAAAAAAAAAGUUCAUAUCUUUGUCUCUGACUUUCUGCUGCAGAAGAAGAACAAGAAAAACGGGGUGUUUCUUUUCAAGGUUUAUAGAGCAAGUCCUCUAUAACAAUCUGGCUAAGAAAAGGCCAGGAUAUCAAACGCAUGUUUCAAUUGGGGUUCUCCUAAUUGACAAAGAUUUUCUUCCAGUCUGGCAGCUGCAAAAAGUUUGAGUUCCUCUCGCACCUCUAGGAGGGUGUGGGGCGAUAAUGAGAGAGUGGUCUUGCUUUGUGUUUUAAGGAGAUCAAGAUCAUCACACAUAUGGAGAUUGUGCCGUGUUUCAGUGGGAUUGUCGCUUGAUUAUGGCUAAGGCCAGCCGUGGUAUAACCCUUGGAAGCUUGGUGCUAGUUUUUCGGUGCAUGUAGCGAGAUCAUAUUGUUGAUACCAGCUUCCAGACAAUUAUGAGCACAGUAGUUUGCUGUUGAUAGUUUUCCAGUGUAAUCGAAGGUAGUUGGCGUGUUGAUGUAGUUCUCUUAUUGCCUCUAAUGGUUAGGUUUUCGUGUUUCCAAGCUCACAUCUAUUCCCCAAAGCCUAAGAAAAGUUUUCAACCCUCUGUCGAAGCGAUGCAGAAGUCACUACAAGAUUCUUCUAAAAAUCCAGCUUUGAAUUUGAAGGAUUCGUCUGGAGAAACAAGCUUAAAAACAUCACAGGCAGAAGGAUUGUCUCAAACUAGUAGAAAUUUAAAGCAUGUAUUGUCUCUUCAGCCUGUUCGGAAAUCAGAUGACAAUGAAAGCAACUUCAUUGAUGAAAGUGACAUCAAGGUCAGUCAGACAGGGCGCAUUAUAAAGAGUCGGUCGCUGGGAAGUGCAUUAAACCUGGAGGGGAGGGUAUCUGUUAACAUUCAUGCUGAGGAUGACACAGAUCAAGGAUAUUCUGAUGGUUCUAAUGAGAACAAUAGAUCUGGGGUAUCAAAUGGAAGCAGAGGAGUAAGCCCACCUGAACAGUGUCAGAGCUCUGAAGCUGUCAAUGUUGAAUCAAUUUUUUCAGUUGGAGAACCCUUACAUUCAGAAAAGGAAGGCCAAGAAAAUUCUGAUACUGCAGUGUCUGGUGAGUGCGGUGUUGACUCUGGUGUCCAUAUGCCUCAGGCCCAACAAGGGCUUGUCAAAUCAUGUUCUUUACCAAACAUCAGUGAUUCUACUCCAACUAUCAAGGGCCACUCUCAUAUGAAUCAUUUAGCAAUUCACUCAUCGAGAUCUUCCCAGGACCUGCAUGUCUUAGGUAUGAGGCGAAAAGAGAUUUCAGUUAAUGAGCUUGGGACACAGGUAAUGCAAGAACAAAGAAGGGAUGAUAUCAUAGCUAGACCUGAGAACCAUAGUCGUGAAAACUCCAUUGAUGACGGUUAUGAUUCGUGUAACUACUCUGGUUUAGCAAAGGACUGGAUAAUGCCAGAAUCAGAUGAGGCAAACAGAGGGAAAAACCUCCAAGGAGAAUCCUCAGUUCGCCGUUGGGAUGAAUUGCCUAGCAGGGAUUUCAAGAUUAAGCGUAUUGAGGAGUGGGUGAGUGGUCUUCAGUACAGCAGUAUGUUGGAAGAAACAAAUGAGUCGUCCCAAUCUAAUGACCAGGUGAAGAGAGAUUCCAGUGAUAUAAAUAGUGUGACUGCUGCUAAGACGGAUGUUAAGGUCACUCCUGGCAUGGAAGCUGCUAAAAGAUAUAUAUCUGCUUUGAGUGCAGCUUCGACCACAGCUCAGUUGGCAAAUCAUGGAUUGGCAGUGAUCCCAUUCCUUAGUGCAUUUGUGAAUCUGAGGGUGCUUAAUCUGUCGGGAAAUGCCAUAGUGAGGGUAACCGCUGGUGCGCUUCCUCGAGGACUUCAUAUGUUGAAUCUGUCAAAAAACAAUAUUGCCAAUAUUGAAGGAUUGCGUGAACUCACUAGACUUCGCGUACUGGACCUGAGCUACAACAGGAUUUUGAGAAUUGGGCAUGGCCUGGCUUCUUGUUCCUCUCUAAAGGAGUUGUACUUGGCUGGAAACAAAAUUAGUGAGGUGGAGGGUCUUCAUCGCCUCUUAAAGCUGGCUGUUCUGGAUCUGCGAUUUAACAAAAUCUCAACAGCAAAAUGCCUUGGCCAACUUGCAGCUAACUACAACUCCUUGCAAGCCAUCAGCUUGGAAGGAAAUCCUGCCCAGAAGAAUGUUGGAGAUGAUCACUUGAAGAAAUAUUUGCAAGGACUUCUUCCCCACAUGGCUUACUACAACCGUCAACCAAUUAAGUCUAGCACUCUGAAGGAUUCUGCAGAUAGGUCAGUACGGUUAGGAAGUACCCACCAGUUUGAUCGUGGCCUUAGACCUGAUCACAAGGCGACCAGAAAGAGUACUCAUGGCGUAUCUGCUCACAGGGCAUCAUCUUCAUCAACGCACGGUCAUGCAAAUCAAUCAGUACUGCCACUGAAGAAGUCCAGGGGAAGGCACGGACACCUCCCUCCAAGUGGAACUAAGCCAACAGCAAGCCAUACUCGACAUCACUAUUUUGAUAUUGGCAAUAAGCUUAUGAACCUCAAACAGGACCUCUCAAUGCGCAGGAGUCGGAGUGAGGGAACUAUGGCAGCUAUGUGAGAUUAUUUCGAUGCAUGCUCUUUCUAACAAUCCCUAUUCUAGUUGGAUUUCUAUCUUUGCAUUUUUGUAUUGCUUGUGGUAUUUUAUAUUUCUAUGCUUUCUGAACACCCUAUUGGUUUUGGCACAUUGUUGAAUUUGCUUUUGCAAGCAUUCUGUCUCUUUUGUGGGCAUGUUCCUACUGAAACAGUGAAA